UUUUAUGACGGCGGGGCCUCAGGAUCUGGAAAGAAGAGUAGUAAGCCUUGAGGGAGCUCUAACUGACUCCAAUAGACAAAUGUUCCUCCUUAAAGCUAAAGUCUCCGAAUUAGAACGUAAAAACCAGGAUCAAGAAACCAGAUUAGCAGCUGUGGAAGGGAAUUGUCGAGUGUCCGAAAUGAAAAGUUCAAGUUGGGAGACAUUUCUUGACGGAAAAGCAGAAAAGUACACGAAAAGAAUUGACAUCGCUAAUGAAAAGUUCACUCCACCAAACAUUAUUGAAAGUUCUCCAUCAAAUGACAAUACUUCGACAAAAACAAAAGGAGGGAUUCUGAAGUCCCUAAUCAAACGCGAGGUGCCAGUUCAGGAAUAUUCCCAAAUGGAAGAUUCACCAAACGUGGCGGUGGAAAAACGCCUCUUGUCCGGACUUCAAACUACACAGACUCCUUUUACCGGUGGUGUUGCGUUUUCAGCAUACGUAUCUACUUAUGAAACUGAUUUAUCAAAAGACCACACCAUUAAAUUUGACAGAAUUGUGACAAACAUCGGCAAUCAUUGCAAUCCCAACACUGGGGCGUUCACUGCUCCACAACAUGGCGUCUACGUCUUUACUUGGAAUAUUUAUUGUUUCUCGGGGGGUUAUAUCGAUUCCCAAGUUGUCGUCAAUUCUAAUGCUGUUGGCGCAAUGUAUACAACAGCACAGGGUGCGACAAAUAUAAGAACUACGACAGGUAUUGUGGUGGUGGAGGUGAACCAAGGUGAUGUGGUGUUUGUCCGCACGCAUCCAACUCUAGGCAACAGUGGUAAUCUCUAUAGUAAUCCAGACUGGCGGUCGACAUUCAAUGGAUGGAAACUAUUCUGAUAUCAUUCAAUUGAUGGAAACUAUUUUGAUGUUAUUAAAGCAUUUAAAAUCUAAAUCUUA